AUGUCGAAUACUAAACCUUCUCGUAUACAUUUAACAACACAUGUCAUUAAUUCCAAAACACCAACAUUUAGUUUUGCAAUAUUUUCUCUUUUUCCUCGAAUUCAACUUGAUGCUGUUGAUAUGAUUUUAAAAGACAUGUUUUCUGAUGGUCGUCUUAAUGGUGAACGUCUUUCAAUUAUGAUUAAAUGUUUAAUUGAAUUAAUCGAUGCACCUAUACAAUUCAUUCAAUAUAUAUCAUAUGAAACAUGGAUUAUUGGCCUUUGUAUGACACUCGUAAGUUUUAAUCAACAUGAAUAUCUUAUAAAACUUCUUGAUGAAACAACAUUAUUUCUUAUUGAUCAUUUAUUUAAUAUUCAAACAUUUGAUAAUGCAUUUCAAAUUCUUUUUUGGUUUAUUCAAUAUGAUAAACGUAUACAAACAUUUCGAUUACUUCUUGAUCGUUUACCUAAUCUAUUUGAACAAUUAAAAAUACUAAAUAAUGAAGAUUUAAAAACAAAAAUUAUUGAAUUAUGUCAUAUGGGUAUUGCUAUUCAUUCUGAAUAUAAUCUAUCAAAUGAAAUUAUAUUAAAACAAAUUAUUCAUAAUUUUCCACAACCAGAUUUAAAUAUUUUAUUAAAUCAUAAAAAUAUUCAUGCAAAAUUACAUUCAAUUAAUUUAGAAAAUAAUACUACUAAUAAUAAAAUAAAAAAUCGUGUAGGAAUUAUUAAUUUAGGUAAUACAUGUUAUGUUAAUUCAAUAUUACAAGCUUUAUAUCAAUGUGAUUUAUUUCGAAAAUAUAUAUUUGAACAAUAUUUUAAUGAACAAAUUUUAUUAAGAGAAUUACAAAUUAUUUUCGCUCAACUUAAUUUAUCAAAACGACCGUAUAUUAAUGCAACUAAUUUUGUUAAAAUUGCUCGACCAGCUUGGUUUACAAUGAAUGAACAACAAGAUUGUGCAGAAUUUCUCGGUUAUUUACUUGAUACAAUAAAAGAUGAAGAAAAAAAAGAUAAAAAUGCAUCAUCAAAUGAAAUUCAACGUCUUUUUACAAUUCGUACUUGUCAAAUCAAUCGAUGUCAACGUUGUUCGACCGAUUCUUAUCAAGAGGAAUCAAGUAAUUAUUUAUUUCUACCAAUACCAACAACAGAUAAUCAACAUGACAAUUUAAAUUCCAAUCAAUCAGCUAUACCUAUAUCUGUAAUGAAAAAUGGUUUAAAAUUUUAUCCAGCAUCAAAUAGAAAUUCUAUAUCAAAUACAUCUAUUCAAUUGCCUUCAUCAUCUUCUAAUACAACAUUAAAUCUUCAAUUUGUAUUUGAUUGUUAUUUUCAAAAAGAAGAAUUGAAGGAUGAUAAUCAAUAUCGAUGUGAGCAUUGUCAAUCAUUACAAAAUGCUGAACGAUAUACAAUUCUUCAAACAGCACCUGAAUAUUUAAUAUUAUCUUUAAAUCGUUUUGAAUAUGAUAAACAAACAAAUAUAUUUCGUAAAGUUUUUACUAAAAUAACUUAUCCAAAAAUUCUUAAUGUUCAUGUUUAUCCAUCAAGAAAUAAUUCGAUUCUAACGAAAUAUUGUCUUGUACUUAUUAUUGUUCAUACUGGUUAUACACUUCAUGGUGGUCAUUAUUAUGUAUAUGCAAGAGAAAUGAAAUCAUCAAAAAUUAAUAUAAAUGAACAAGAAGAUAAUGAUGAAUGGUUUUUAUUAAAUGAUGAUCUUGUAACAUUAUCUUCAUAUGAAGCUAUGAUUGAAAAUUGUGCUCAAUAUACAUCAGCUACACCUUAUGUUCUUUUCUAUAAACGUAUUGAUGAACAACAAAUUGAAGAAACAGAAAAAAUUAAGCAAAUAUCUAUACAUGAAAGUUUAAUUAAACAAAUACAUGAAGAUAAUAUGAUGUAUGAACGUGAAUCAGAAAAAUAA